AUGGAAACGGCUGAGGAAGUUCUUCAGAGCUAUAGCGGCGUAACGAUGCCGAACGCAGAGCAGCCUUUCCGUUUGAACUGGGCGUCUUUCAGUACCGGCGAAAAGAGAGCGUCGGAAAACGGUCCGGACCUAUCGAUAUUCGUGGGAGAUUUGGCUCCAGAUGUGACUGAUACUCUACUGCUCGAGACUUUUGGUAGAUAUCCAUCUGUGAAAGGCGCUAAAGUCGUGAUCGAUUCCAAUACCGGGAGGUCCAAAGGCUACGGGUUUGUGAGGUUUGGUGAUGAGAACGAGAGAUCAAGGGCCUUGACAGAGAUGAAUGGUGCUUUCUGCUCGAGCAGGCAGAUGCGUGUCGGUAUUGCAACACCUAAAAGAGCUGCUGCUUAUGGUCAGCAGAAUGGUUCACAAGCUCUGACACUGGCUGGUGGGCAUGGAGGGAAUGGUUCUAUGGCUCAUGGUUCAUUCUCUGAUGGAGAAUCAAAUAACUCAACAAUAUUUGUUGGCGGCCUUGACGCUGAUGUUACUGAAGAAGACCUCAUGCAACCUUUCUCCCAGUUUGGGGAGGUUGUGUCGGUGAAGAUCCCUGUAGGCAAAGGAUGCGGGUUUGUCCAGUUUGGUAACAGGCAGGGUGCUGAAGAUGCCAUCCAGAACUUGAACGGGACAGUCAUAGGGAAAAACACUGUCAGGCUUUCUUGGGGAAGAAGCCCAAACAAACAGUGGAGAGGAGACUCUGGCCACCAAUGGAACGGAGGAUACUCAAGAGGACAAGGCUACAACAACGGAUAUGCGAGUCAGGACUCAAACAUGUACGCUACUGCAGCGGCUGCUGUCCCUGGAGCUUCUUGA